CAAACAAAAAGUGAUAAGAUAAAGGAAGAGUAAACAGAGCCGCAUACAUAGCUCUCUCAUGCAAAAGCUCGAUCGCAGUCGCUGUUGAAACUUGCGCGCGAGUGGAUGUCGAAUCGGCAGCAGAGUCAAAAGUAAAACCGUUAAACAAACAGAAAUCGAAACAGACAAACAAGGCUAAAUACAAAAAAUAGACAAAAAGACGUACAUACAUAUACUGUUUUUAUAUUAUUAUUGUAAUUAUAUUUAGUACAAAGUGGCGUCGCAGUGUAUAACAAAAGUGUGAGUGAGUCGUGAAUAUAAUUGUUGUUGUUCUCAGCGAAGCGAAUAAAUACACCCAUAAAUAUUAGUAUAUCAAAUAGGAAAUAUACAAAUACCAUAUUUCUCUUACGUACAUUCGGACAAUACAACGCAAUCGACCCGUGAACGAGGACGAAGCAACAGAGAAAGAAAGAAAUACAUUGAGAGCGAGAGUGCACGCCAAAAGAUGUCUAACAAUUUGCAAACGGCCACACUUGAGGAAAUUCGCCAAGCAGCGUCUCGAAUUUGCCGCGACUAUCUAACGGGACGUUGGAGGGUGGUUACCCCCGAGCAACUUGUGGUAAAACGCAUCAGUGGUGGCCUAUCGAAUUUCCUGUAUUACGUAAGUCUACCCGACUUUGAUGAUUUCGAUGAGCAGCAACUAUUGGAGGUAGAUCAACAACAACAACAACAGCAGCAGCAAGGAAAUGUCAUCAGCAAAGACGUCAUAGCCACAUCAACAUUUGCUAAGAAUAGCCAAAUAUAUAAAGAGAGCGAUGAGGCGCCUACGGUGACAACACAAAUUGCCCAAACUGUUGUUGUGGGCGGUGAGGAUGAUGACGAUGUGGCGCUGAGCGCCAAACAGGCAAACAAACGUCGACGUUUCGAUAGCGACAGCGUCGAUUCGAGUUUAUUGAGACGUCUACACACCCCAAAGCAGGAGCCACGUGAGGUUCUGCUGCGCAUCUAUGGACAAACCCAUGGCGAUCACGCAUUGGAGAGCAUGAUCACCGAAUCAGUUGUAUUUACGUUGCUCAGUGAGCGCAACUUUGGACCCAAACUUCAUGGAAUCUUUCCCGGUGGACGCAUUGAGCAAUACAUACCGGCACGCUCCCUGGCGACAACGGAGUUGGGCGAUGCUCGAAUUUCAAUGAAAAUCGCAGAGAAAAUGGGUGAAAUACACAGUCUUAAUAUACCCAUGUCGAAGGAGCCAGAUUGGAUCUGGAACUGCAUGGACCGUUGGCUGGCCAGCGUUGAUAGUAUUGUCAAGGGAAAGAUUGAGUCGAAGCCUAAUUCGACAGUACUGCAAAAACAACGCGAAUUAAUGCGCACCAUUGACUAUGUAAAGGAGAUGGCUUGGCUGCGAUCGGUGAUCGAAACUAGAGCCUAUCCCGUGGUCUUCUGUCACAACGAUCUGCAGGAGGGAAACAUAUUACUCCGACAGUCGAACAGCGGACGGGAGUCGCGUUCUCCUCGUGAAUCCAUCAGCAUCUUGAGAUCGAAUUUUGAUGAGACUCUGGGUGAUAGUUUGGAUGGAAACAGUAAUUUGGAGGCAGAUGACAACAAAUCGCACAGUCCUUCGCCCUGCGAUGAACUGGACACCACAGAUGACUCAGCAUUGGAUGCCAGUUUCACAUCGGAUCAUGAGCCGGAUCUCAUUAUCAUUGACUUUGAGUAUUGCGCCUACAAUUAUCGAGGCUUUGAUUUGGCCAAUCACUUCAUCGAAUGGACUUUUGACUAUACAAAUCCUCAAUUCCCAUACUUUUAUCACUACAAGGAGCAAUAUUCUACGGCUCAACAGCGUCGUGACUUUAUAAUCACCUAUCUGAAGAAGUAUCACGAUGAUGAGCAAUAUGAACCCACAGAACAUGAGCUUGAUACUGUCGAUGAGGAAAUACAGUUCUUCACAAUGCUCUCGCAUCUGUUCUGGAGUCUUUGGUCGGUGGUUAAUGUUACCUCUGCCAUUGAAUUUGGCUAUUGGGAAUAUGGCAUUGCGCGCAUUUUGGAGUAUCAGCAACUGAAGGCAACCUAUUUGGCAAAAUGAAAUGAUAUACUGGCACUUGAGGAUCAUUUUCGAUAGUGAACAUCAUCAACAAACCGCACUUAAUCGAAUCGAAUCGACGCGUACUUAAGUGGCCUUAUCUUUUUAACACCAAUUUAAUCAGGAAUCUUAUUUCCAGCUUAACUAUUGCUGUUGACAACUAGUUGAUAACACUACUUCAAUAUACGACAUGGACCUUAUGUACUGUAAACUGGGAAAAACAAGGCCGUUUACUUGAUAUGAUAUACUAUGAUAUAAUAUGGUAGCCAAUGUUUUUUAGAUACAUGUAGCUACAAUUAUAUUAUUAAUAAUUUUAUAUAAUGCUGAGAAGAAAAGUCAAAAUAACAAUUGCAGCUGUGAUUAUUGCGUGAGUUAAGUCGACAACAAUUUUACUAAGUUACGAUUGUUGUUGCUUUUGGAUGAACAGAAAUGGGUAUACUUCCAACAACAGUCUCAUCAAAGUAUUAAAACAGCACCGCUCUAUCUAUAAAUAAUAAUAUCAAGCACUUCUUCUUACUCGGCUCUAUUAUUCCUUGCAUUUUCACCAAUCUGUUCGAAUUUAUAUCUUGUUCGAAUUUGUAUUCGUAAUUUCCAGAAAAAAUCAUUUUCGGAUUAGAGUACUAUUUUUUGAGCAAUGUGCAUUGUACACCCGAUUAAGAUUUCUUCUAUUGCAUUGCUAUUCGAUUCUUUUUUCGUAUUCCUUAAAGAUUGUUUAACAAGUUUAUAGCAAAAAGCAGCAACAAUCAAUAACAAAACAAGAACUACAACAACAAAAUGUGUUUUUAUGUACCUACCCAUAUUCCUUAAAUGAAUUUAGUUAUAUAUAUGUAAUUAGUAUUUAGUAUUCUUGCGUCUAUUUUUUAAUGCAAUCAAUAAAUAAAUAUUUAGUUGAA